AACCUGCCCAGACAGGUGAGCACAAGGUGAGCGCUCCCUUGGCAGCCCCUCCUCCUGCCUCCCUUCUUCCUGUCUGUGGGCUCAGGUGACGCAGGGGGAGGGAGGAGGCCACUCCUCCCAUCCAGACCCCAGGACGCAGCACUUCACCUGCAUCCUUGACCACAGCCUGCAGCUCCGGCCAUGGACAGGUGGUACCCAGGUGGCAGCCCCAAGGGGGGCGUGGACCCAUUCUACUAUGACUAUGAGACUGUCCGGAACGGGGGCCUGAUCUUCGCUGGCCUGGCCUUCGUCGUGGGACUGAUCAUCCUACUCAGCAGAAGAUUCCGCUGUGGGGGCAACAGGAAGCCUCGGCAAGUCAGUGAGGACAUGCUGUAGCGAGAGGGUCUGCUGUGCCCAUCACGGCCAGGGGGCUGGCUAGGAGGCCAAGGAUGCCCCAUCUUCCCUGGGCUGUUGACCUUUGGCCCUGCACUGCCAGCGCCAGGCUCGGUGUGAUUCCUGCAUGGGCGACUGUGUCACCGCCUCCUGCCUCCUGCUGCCCCCACGCCUCUUCCCUCACCUCCCCCCACCCUUCCAUCCCAUAACUACCACAGCCCCCUGUUCCCAGAUGGAGUACAAAUGCAGCCUGGU